AUGAAGUGGCUUAAGUUGAUAAUGUUGUUGGCAAUGAUAAUUGUGGUAUUGGCUGAAGAGGAGGAGGCGGCUUCGCUUCGCGGGGUGAGCCGUUUCCUGGCACAAAGGAGCAUUAAGUGCAACAAAUACCCCAAAAUAUGUGGCGCCAAGGGCAGCUCCGGGCCCGACUGCUGCAAGAAAAGAUGCGUGAACGUUGGUGCGGACAGACUCAACUGUGGGAAGUGCGGACACAAGUGCAAGUUUUCGGAGAUAUGUUGCAAGGGGAAAUGCGUCAACCCUUUCACGCAUAAGAAGCACUGUGGAGGCUGCGGCAACAAGUGUGAUCAAGGGACCAAAUGCACCUACGGAUUAUGCAGCUAUGCUAAUUGA